GGUUUGCAGCAGCGCACACGUCCACUAUCUCAACAGUUAAACAACACAACACACGCGCCUCGCCUCUUCAUCCUCUCACCGUUCCGUGUCGCCUUUCUCUCUUCCCUAUCUCUAUCUCUUGCUCGAUUUCCAAACCCUAGACGAUCCCAAUCGAAUCAACACACAAGGUUGAUUGCUCUCAUGUUGUGUUCUGGAAGGAGUCAGAUCGUGUUGGCUUAAUGUGCAUUUUUAACAGCUGAUAAACUCAACCUAAGUUUGAUCUUUCUAUAUAUCAGAUGGAUCGACGUGAUACUUCAGGAUUUGUCAGCGGGGGUGCAUGACACUCUUGUAGACACAUCUAACACUAACUUUGUAGAUAUACUUCUUAAUUUUUUUCCCGGAAGUCAGGCGGGCUGUUCUAUUGAAAUCCACAAGUUGGACUAGGUAUUGUUUCUUCAGUUGUUUCAUGGACACAAGGUUCCAGCACUUGGGAUUCCCUGUUAAUAACUCUGCUAAUGCAUUCAAGAUUUUGAACAAUUCUAUGCAAGUUGAAGGAAGUGGACUUGAUUAUUAUGCUGCAGAUACCGUUUUACGACUUGAUUCUCCUGGUUCUUCAAAUCCCUCCUAUAAGCCCUCCUCUAAGGGAACAAAAAGGAAGUGGGAUUUAAUUGAUGGAUGUAUGGGUCAUAGUGUUGGCUCUUCUUUGUCUCUUGGGCUCGGGCGUUCAUCUAGUUCCUCAGACAGCAAGGGGAGUUCAGCUUUAGCUUGCACUGCUAUGUCUUCAGGCAAAGAUAAUGAUGAGGAAUCAUCUAUGGAUAUUGAAUUGGACUUUUCCCUCCAUCUUGGCUGUGAGAAGGUGCAGAGCCUAAAGAAACCCUUCAGUUCCAAUUUGAAGACACUGGAGUUGCAACCAAAGUUUGAUUUGGAGUUGAGCCUUUCCACUUGGCCCUGUGAGUCAGAUAUUACAAGCGUUCAUCUAAGUCCAUCACCUCUUCAAUUGAAUAAGGAAAUGCCAUUAGUAUCCAGUGGGGGUCAAAAUGCAGAUGAGGGGUCAACAUCAUGUAGUUGGAAGCCAGGGAAUGUUUUUCCAUCUUCGUCAUCAAAUACCGGCACUAGUUUCCUCUUGAAUCAGGCUUCUAAGCAAUUUGAUCAUUCUCCCAAUGUUCUGGACCUUUCCGCAACCAGACCAAAAAGUUCAGUCACCUGUACUUCUGGGCUAACACAGCAGCAACAACCAGUACAACGCCAAAGUAAUUCUAAGACAUGUCAAGUUGAGGGAUGUGGAAAGGGAGCCAGAGGUUCCUCUGGAAGAUGUAUAUCUCAUGGUGGUGGUAGGAGAUGCCAGAAACCUGGCUGCCACAAAGGAGCUGAGGGUCGUACAGUAUACUGCAAGGCUCAUGGAGGUGGCAGGCGAUGUGAAUACCUUGGGUGCACAAAGAGUGCAGAAGGACGCACAGAUUACUGUAUUGCUCAUGGUGGUGGCCGUAGAUGCAGUCAUGAAGGUUGUACCCGAGCUGCUAGAGGAAAAUCUGGACUUUGUAUCCGUCAUGGUGGUGGCAAAAGGUGCCAGAGAGAAAACUGCACCAAAAGUGCUGAAGGCCUAUCGGGUCUUUGCAUCUCGCACGGCGGAGGUCGUCGAUGCCAAGCUUCUGGAUGCUCCAAAGGGGCACAAGGUAGCACCAUGUUUUGCAAGGCACAUGGUGGGGGGAAACGGUGUACAGCACCAGGGUGCACUAAGGGUGCUGAGGGGAGCACCCCCUUUUGCAAGGGUCACGGUGGAGGAAAACGCUGUACAUACCAGGGUGGUGGAGUUUGCACUAAAAGUGUUCAUGGAGGCACCAACUUCUGCGUGGCACACGGGGGUGGAAAGAGGUGUGCUGUACCAGGUUGCACAAAGAGCGCUCGAGGAAGGACUGAUCAUUGCGUCCGCCAUGGAGGAGGCAAGAGAUGCAAGUCCGAAGGGUGUGGAAAGAGUGCACAAGGCAGCACUGACUUCUGCAAGGCACAUGGGGGAGGCAAGAGAUGCUCUUGGGGCCACCCCGGAUCAGAAUAUAGCAAUCAAGCCGAUGGUCCUUGCAAUUCGUUUGCGAGGGGUAAAACAGGUCUGUGUGCACUUCAUAGUGGACUGGUGCACGAUAAGAGGGUCCAUGGAGGUGUCUCAUUAGGAUCUGUUGUUCAGGAUCCUCGUUCUAGCAAACCAGAUGAACUAAAGCACAUGGAAGUGGCUAUGCUGAAAAUAGGGUGUAGCCUCGGUACUGCUCCUCCAAGUGCUUGUUCUGGCUUUAAUCAAUAUGAAGUUGCAAGUGCUGAGGAAAGUGGGCACAUGCCAAUGUCAGUUGCUGUUCCUGAAGGCAGGGUUCAUGGCGGAAGCUUGAUGUCAAUGUUGACAGGGAGUUCAAGCGGCGUGAGAGGUCUAGCUAUUACUGAUCCAUCUGAGCCAAUCAAAGGUUAUGUCUUGCCCCAGAAUUGGAUUUAAGGCUAGUCAUAGUUUUUGUUGUAAUUGGUUUCUGUAGUGUUGUUACAUUGUUAUUCCCUUGGUUGUUAGAUUAUUGAUUAGAGUUGUUCUGUCAUGAGGGGAUAGAUAUCAAGGCAGGGGCAUUGUACUAUGAUCAGGUAGUUGGUGGUGUUCUUCUUCUUCUUCUUCCAUUCCUCCUUUCUUUGUAAAUAUUACAUCUGAUGAAAACGUCUAGCAGGUUGCUGUAGAGUCUGUCAGUGUGCAAUGUAUUCUAUUUAAUAAUAAAAGCCUUCUGAAUGGUAUUUGUUAUUAUAGUGCU